AUGGCGGACCGAGGCCCUGGCACAGCAGCGACUGUGGAUCUGCUGAUUCUCGACUACAUGGUCUGCCUAUGUAUCAGCGGACUCCUAGAAGGUAUUUCACAAGCAAGAGCAUCCGAGGACAUUGAAUACUUUGCGCUUUUUGUUGAACAGCUCCACCGGCGGCUUGCCCUCCAUCACCUCGAAAGCCCCCUGCCCUGGGACCUAGAUUUCAAAUUGCGCAUCUUCUACAUGUCCAAUCUAUUUCUCCACUGGUACCCCCCCAAAGACUACGACAUGGGUCCCUUUGUUCCUCUGUCUGAUAUCGCAGUCCAUUUCUUGGACCUAUGCCUCGAUGCAGUCGCCCACGUAUCCCGGGGACGCUGGUUCGACCUCGGUGCUCACUUCAUGGUCCAUGCGAUGUUAGAAGAACAUGCGCGUUUCCCCGACCAGCUAGACGCACUCUGCAACUGGAGAACCAACGACAGUGAACUCGAUAUAUGGUGGGAGGUCAGCCGUAACUGGUUCCUUGGGCACAUGCCACCCCCAUUUGGUACGGCGGGUCCAAUGAGCCAAGCAGAGAUUAAUGAGGGGUUUCCCCUCCAAGCACUGCAGCAUCGUUAUGUCGAGUUCUUCGAGGACCUCAUGGAUGUACUGGAUGUGCCCCUUCUUCUUCAGCUGGAGCAAGGUCAGCUGGAAGGUUUGACUCGGGAGGAGACCCGACAGGUUCGAGAGUAUUGUGGAAUUUAA